AUGUCACGCUCUCGUCUACCACCAACCCCUGCCAUGUCGGGGGAGUUCAUAGUCAAGGACAAUGCAUCGGUGGACGCUUCAGAUCCAUUCGCAUUGCCUCCAGCUGCCAUCAGUCCAUCCAAGAUGCAAGCUGCUAGCAGAAGGCCAUCCAAAUCGGAUCCAUCCGCUUCCUUUCCAGCGUCUCCAGCAUCGCCGAAUCCUGCACUGGGUAUCAUGGCAAAUUCCCCGCGUCAGACUGGUGUCAAGAGACCUCUCGAAGACUUUAACCUUCCACCACCCCCCACACGCACUCGCAAAAUCAUUCAGAUGAAGCCCAAGACGCAGAGUCCGCCAAAGCCGACCGCAGCAGCCAACAAAGCAUCCACAAAAGAGAAUGGCAAAACGCCAGCAAAUAAUGGUGCCUCGACCAAUUCCAAGAAGAAACAACCCAGCGCAACUAGUGCAGCGGGCCGGAAGAUUGCUAGGAAGACAGCUCACAGUUUGAUCGAACGGAGGCGGAGGUCUAAAAUGAACGAAGAAUUUGGAACCCUGAAAGACAUGAUCCCGGCGUGCAAAGGGCAGGACAUGCACAAACUCGCCAUUUUACAGGCAAGUAUUGAUUACGUCAAUUAUCUGGAACAAUGUAUACUCGAUCUGAAAACUGCCGGUAAUCGACACACAAUUGCCUCGCCGCGAAUGCCUCCUGCCCCUCCUUCACCAACGUCUCCGGAGGCUCUGGCAGAAGAGUCGGGCCUUUCAUCGGCUUCCGUGUCUCCGGAACUACCUCCCACCGAUGCUGCCACGGAUACAAUCUCCCCGGUGUUUUCCCCCCGAAGUGGUGGUCCUACCGGGAAUGCACCCAAUUUUUCGUCCAUCACACCAAGCCCGGCACUGGGCCCAACCCACCCAUCCGACAAUCCGUCGCGUUCUGAGCGUGGCUCCUGGGCUAUGUCUUCUUCCAGCACCUCCCCAGUGAUCCAGCCUAGGUAUUCCAUAGCGUCUUCUGCCGAUGUGGAUCACGAAGCCUCUGCUGCCCUACUAAUGCUGAACCGGGACUGCCGGGGAUCUGUCGGCUCGGUCCACGACGUGCCCACCAAUUCCACUACCCGGCAUGGGCAUCCCCACACCCAAGACCCACAAAGGAAGAUCGGGAUGAGCGUUAAAGACUUGCUCAUCUCCUAG